CCAACUCCUAUGCCUAUAAAAACCCCAUUUUCUCGUACUUCAAGAUUUUGUCCUACCUGGAUUGUGAUUUUUUUGUUAAUUAAGUUACAAAUGGCUCAGCACUGUCCCUUGACAUCUUUAAUGAGCUUGGCCAUGCUUCUUAAUGCAGCCUUUUGUGCCAAUUUUAGUGAUUUUUUUCAACCUCUUUGGGCUCCUGAUCACAUUGCUACUGAAGGAGAUCACAUUAACUUAUCCUUAGACACUGUUUCUGGUUGUGGGUUUGAAUCUAGAAGCAAGUACUUGUUUGGGAAAGCAAGUAUGCAGAUCAAACUAGUUGAAGGUGAUUCUGCAGGAACUGUCACAGCCUUCUAUAUGUCAUCGGAAGGGCCAAAUCGCGACGAGCUAGACUUUGAAUUUCUAGGUAAUGUUUCCGGGGAACCAUAUCUAGUUCAAACAAAUGUGUACGUGAAUGGAAGUGGAAACAGAGAACAAAGACAUUCACUUUGGUUUGAUCCUACACUGGAUUUUCAUACCUACUCCUUGUUCUGGAACCACCGCUACAUAGUGUUUCUGGUAGACCGGAUUCCAAUAAGAGUAUUUGCAAACAAGGAAGAAAACGGAGUGAUUUACCCAAAGAGUCAAGCCAUGUCAAUCCGUUGGUCAAUGUGGAAUGCUGAUGACUGGGCUACACAAGGAGGGAGUGUCAAGACAAACUGGAGCCACUCCCCAUUUGUUGCAACCUUUAGAUCGUUUGAAAUAGAUGCCUGCGAGUUGUCGCCGGAAACUGAUGACGUAGAAGCCGAAUGUGCUGUAUCACGGCAUUUCUGGUGGGAUAAGCCAUCCAUGAGAGAGCUGAAUAGGCACCAGAGUCACCAACUCAAGUGGGUUCGCAGAAAGCAUAUGGUUUAUGAUUAUUGUAAGGAUGUAGCUCGCUUCACUGAGCUGCCAAGAGAGUGUAUCAAUUAGCCUAUAUUUAUUGCAAUGCGAUUACAAUGUUGUUACAAAUGAGUUAGAAAAUAAAUAA